CUGACCUCCAUCUCAAACGAAUUAGAUGCAGUUAUAACACGCUGUUUAAGAUAUGCCGGUAUAGAGAAUUCGGUAAGAAUAAUCGAAAUACCACCGAGCAAUCUAACAAGCCAACUAGUUGGCAACAGCCUGUAUUACCGUCUAUGUACGACGCAAAAUUGCAUAAUUUGCUCUCACGGUAGAGAAGGUGAUUCGGAUAGCAUGGGUUCGGAUACAGUGUAUCUGAUCUGUGCUCCGAUCAUAUUAAUUCACCAUUUCGACGUAGGACCUAACAAUUUACAGAUGUUCUCAGCGCUAUACGAACUGACACCUGUUGGCCAGUGGACGGAACUGCAGUAUCGGAUUUCGGAGAGCUAUCUAGACAUGCUUGCAUUUGCCGUCGUUGGGCCAAUUACCCAGAUUCUUGUCGUUGAAGGUAAACUGGGGUAUGCCCUGCAAUUCUCAGUGCGUGAAUCAGAAGUGGUGGAUCGCCGUCGCCUGGCCAUCUGUGAAAGACCAGGUGCUAUAACGCGGGACGAGGCGGGACGUCUCUUCAUCGUGAAUCGCGCUUCAACCAGCAUUCAGUUAGUGGACACAGUACGAUGGGCACCCGCACGUAAUGUCGCGCUGACUGAUAACCUUGUUCCACACUUCUCGGCUUCAUGGGGAUUGUUGGCAGUAGCACUUAAAGGAGCAAUUCGACUUCAGCGCUACUCAUUCCGACUUGGAUAUAAAUAG